GCCACCUGCGCUAGAACCGUCUUUGUUUUGAUGCUCCGCUCAAGAUAUUUUGUUUGGUUGCCUGUUUUUCAUUUUAAUAAGUUGUACAAUUGAUUUACAGGUGAUGCAGGUAUAUCUGUAAGAAUCUUGGUAUAGACUACAGUUACAGGCACCAUGGAAUACCUGCUGUGCUGGCGUCGGUGCGCCACUUCCCUGCUGAAGCGUUCCUGCUCUCAGACACGUCAGCUGAGCGCUGCGCUCCACUCGGCGGCCGGCAGUGCCGGUGACCCGGGUCUCGGCGGCCAGCGUCCGCUCUCAGUCCGUAUCGUGGAGGUGGGGCCGCGGGACGGGCUGCAGAACGAGCCGCAGGCGGUGCCGACGGCCGUCAAGGUGGAGCUGAUCCGCCGGCUGGCCGGCGCCGGGCUGCGCACCAUCGAGGCGGCCAGCUUCGUGUCGGCCAAGUGGGUGCCGCAGAUGGCCGACGGCGCCGCCGUGCUGGCCGCCCUGCCGCGAGACGCCGGCGUGCGCUACCCGGUGCUGGUGCCCAACAUGCGCGGACUGCGCGGCGCCAUCGACGCCGGCGCCGAGGAGGUGGCAGUGUUUGGCGCCGCCUCAGAGGCGUUCUCACGACGCAACAUCAACUGCUCGAUCGAGGAGAGUUUCGCGCGCUUCCAGCCGGUGGUCGAGGCAGCGCGCGAGGCUGGUCUGCGAGUGCGCGGCUACGUUUCGUGCGUGUGCGGCUGUCCGUACGAGGGCGCCGUGCGGCCGUCGGCGGUGGCGGCGGUCGCGCGUCGCCUCCACAAGCUCGGAUGUUACGAGAUCUCGCUAGGCGACACGAUCGGUGUGGGCACGCCGGGCGUCGUGCGCGCGAUGCUGGAGGCCGUUCAGCGCGAGGUGCCGGCCAGUGCGCUGGCCAUCCACUGUCACGACACCUACGGCCAGGCGCUGGCCAACAUCCUCACGGCGCUGCAGAUGGGCGUGCGGGUGGUGGACGCCAGUGUGGCUGGCCUGGGCGGGUGUCCGUACGCGCGCGGCGCCUCGGGUAACGUGGCGACUGAGGAUGUGGUCUACAUGCUGCACGGUCUGAACGUGGAAACGGGCGUGGAGCUGUCGGCUCUGGUGGACGCCGGACAGUACAUCUGUGACAAACUCAACAGGGCCAACAUGAGCAAGGUGGCGCAGGCCAUGCUGGCCAAGCGGCAGGCGGAAGUCGCAGCGGCAGAAGAGAAGUAGGUUGAAGCGAUCGGGCGACUCAGGGUUUGUCACUACGUCAGGUAUGAUUUGUGUUCGGUGAUUAUCGCACAGUAUGUGGCCCAUAUUUUGAUUAUUAUAGUGAUGUUGGUUGUGAAUCGUAAGCUGCUGCUGAUAAAUGACACCGUUUUAGAGUCCAUCAGUGUAAGCUUUGAAAAAUGGCCCAGUCUUGACCCGAAAGAGUGCUAUUUGAUCAUUCGUUUUAAUUUGUUUAUUGCUUUUGUGUGGAUAGCAUGGGACUUUAUUACUAGUUCCGGCUAUAGAAAUUUGAUGCAUUCAUAAGCGAUCUAAAAAAAAGGUGGUGGCUUCCUAUUGUGUUUGUUUCUUCAUAUAGAACGAUUGACGUAAUUUGAGUGACGCUUUUCCACUCUUUACCAAGUCGUUGAAACUCUGACGCAAAUGGCGAUAGAUCUGUUGGGUACAAUGUGCAAUAAUGUGUGAUGAUCUUGUAUAGCUCUUGCUAUGAGGACAACAGCUCUGUGCGUUGUCGACUGAUUUGUCGCAAUGUUACGUUCUUCUGGCAGAAAAAUUCGUAAAUGUUACGAAAAUAUACCUUUUAUGAGA